GGGGGCGCGAGCACGGACAGAAAGUUUUAAAAGUCAGAGUCUGCAGAAGAGGAAGGUAACAGCUUAGGGACUUUCUGAAAAGACAACAUCGCGUCAUGAACUGUCUGACCGUCCGUGAGGAGCAGGGGACGACGAGUUUGCCCGCAGCAGCAGCAGCAGCCGGAUGUGCGACCCCGACCCCGCGCGACAGGACGGCGGCCUUCUUCGAGCUGCAGGAGAGACGGCACGAGCUGCUCGAGCUCGACGCGCGGACAGAGGAGCGCAGACAGGUGUUGGAGACUUUGCAACAGCGCAAAGGAGAGCUGGACAAGAAGUAUAAGGACAUAAAGGAGUUCCACUCAAGUUACGACAUGUUUCUCAAGGAUGAAGAAACUGAUCGAGUUGUUGAGAGAGCUGAGAGGGAGAGGAAAGAGGGGCUUCAGAAGGAGGUCGAGAUUAAGAGGCUGAGGGAGGAGUACGCUGGCCUGACGGAGAGGAAACAGGAGCUGCAGCGUCGGGUGCAGAGCCACAGAGUGUAUCAGGACUUCAUGCAGCGGGUGGUCAAGAUGACUACGUUCUCUGAUGUGCAGCGACUCGCGGCUCAUUUGGAGAGUCUUCUCCACUUUAGACGUAAGCUCCGUCAGAGGGAGAGUGAGGCGCAGGAGCAGGCCGACCGGCAGAGAAGAUCACUGCAGACACUGGAGGACCAGCGUCACUUGCUGCAGCUGCACAAGAACAACCAGCUGUCCCAACUCUACAAAAAGAUGGAGAAGAUGUGCUCUGAAGCUCUAACAUGGGAAAGAAAGUGGAACCACAUUCAGGAAACAGCAGCAAUGAAAACACUCCUACUGGGCAAGAUUAAGAUUGUAACCCUAAACCUCUAUGAAAUGAUAGAUGACGAGGUCAAAGGAGAGGAAGGCGUGGAUGUGAAUGACACAGAGACGCAGCUGGACAAGGUCAGGAUGUUUAUCCAGGACAACGAGGACAUAGUGAAACAGCGCGGAAUUCCCUCACGCGCAAAACUGUCCCUCGCACUUAACGAGCAUCAGAAAAGAAAAGAGCAGAGAAGAGACAAGACCAGAAAGCAGUAAAACUGAAUGGCGAAUUCAAAGUUUGUUCAUCAGUUCUGUCAAAUCUUGACCCAUAAAUGAGACCAAAUUUCAGUCCAGUCACUGAUUGCACUCUCAUUUCAGUUUUCAGUUUUGUGAUAAUCUGCAUUCUCUUUACACACUGUUGCGUAUAGAGCGCCAUUCAAGCUCCGGUAAACUGUAUUCAACAGAUGUAUAUAUAUAUAUCAAAUAUUGUGCAUGGACUCCUUACCAAUCUGUGGAAAUGUUAACAAUACCCUUUUUACUCACCUCAUAUCAGAACAUCAUAAACAAUAAAAAAAACAAUACAAAACAAAAAGAUGCGACAAACAUGAGGAGGGGGAUAAUAAUUAGAUGUUGUCAUCUAUUUCUGACAAAAAAAAAAAGACCGCAAUUUAGUAUACGAUUUAAAAGCUGCCCAGUGUACAGUCUAUAAAUUGCUAAAGCAAUCUCAGUUCAAUCAGCAACCUAAUAUGUCAUCAGGAAGAAAUGCAUAACAUCUAUAUCACAACGUGGCACCAGGUUAUUUCCUUCUCUCUAAUUUGUACCUGGCGGCUGAGGGAAGAGUCUCAGCUUGGUAGCGGUUGUUGGGCAAGAUUCACCUCCUGCUGCUCUGACGUUACGAUACUUAGUCUGAAGUUUUCUUGCCAGACCUCAUCUGACCAGGCCAACCCCACGGCGACCACAAGAGAGUCUCCGUUGUACACCCCUGACAUCAGCUGUGCAGUGACGUAAGCAUUUUCCGUGACUUUUCUUCCAGCUAUGACUGUGUAGAAACCCCGAUUGUAUCAGUUAAACUCAACAUGAAUGACUUGAAUGUUAUGUUAUGUGUAAUGUUACCCUUGUCACAAAUUGCAGCCACAGCCAGCCAAUGUACUGCAGAAGACUAUCUACUAUAGAAGUGGCUCAGCACAUCACUCUUGAACAAAGCCAGAAGUAACCCAUAGUGGUCUGUAGCUGCCAAAGACAAAGUCACGAAGGCAUGGUCAGUCUCGAAGUAGGUUUUCACCCAUAGUCAUAUCCAUAGCAGAAAUUUCAAUUGAACUGGAGAAAAAAGAAAAUGAGAUGAAUUUGUGUUUCCAUCCGCCGCUGGUAUGCGAUUACCAGGAGCUGGUUCACCCAGAUAAGAAGUAGGUUGCACCACCAUCUCCAGUCAGGUGAUAUUAUUUCAGUGCAGCAGAAGAUGGGACAACAACUAGACUCAGUUAAAGGUCCAGUGUGUAGGAUGAACACCUCUUGUCUCACCCUCCCUGCAUUGGCCACUAAAAGUGUGAAAGGCCCUUUCUAGCAUCAGUUUCAUUCAUCUGUUCUGGGCUGCUGUAGACACUUGAGGGAAGAGGACGUGCUUUCUGUGUAGACAUAAAAGACCCGUUCUAAUGAUAUGAAAACACAACGAUUCUUAGUUUCAGGCGAUUAUACACCAUCGAAAUUUAAUCAUGAUUUUUUAUUCCAUUUCUACCCCUAUAUCCUACACAUUAGACCUUUUAAAACGAUGAGAAGCUGUGUAGAAAACAACAAGAGGACAUUUGGCAUCUCUGUCAUCUUUUCAUUGGGAGUUCAAACUUCAGUGAAUGUUCACAUGCUUCAUGUAGGUCAUUAUUUAUUUGCGAAAAAGUCUGACCGACUCCCCAAAUUUUUCCACCUCUGCCAAGCUAAAAAACAACUUUCUUGCAAUACUUAAAGAUGUUCUCAAUGCUUCCUCUCAGGUUUAUUGUAAAGCGCAAAUUGAAAUUGCUUAUAAAAAAAAAUGAGUGAG